UUUUAUGAAAGAUCUAUGCGAGAUUUUCUGUUUGACAUUGCAAGCAUAUUGCUCGAUAUCAUUUUUGUACGCAACUCUGGGGGCCACUCACUCUGCUUCCUUAAUCCAGCGCCUGAAGAAGCAGCGGAAGGCAGCCACUCAGAUUUCUCAAUUUCUUCGAUGACCUUAGCAUUUUCCUCCACGUGUCAACAUCUACUCACGUACAGCCUGAAGCCUCAGCUCCAGUUUCUCCCUCCUCGUGCGCCCGCUUCCAUGAGAAGGUUGACUUCUGCUCUGGCGUCGGCGACGACACGUGGGGUCGAGGCAGAUGCCAAGGACGAUGGGGUUGUGCUUAAGAAGGGCAUAGCUGAGUUCUACGAUGAGUCGUCUGGCGUAUGGGAGGACAUCUGGGGCGACCACAUGCACCAUGGCUUCUACGACCCAGGUUCCACGGUUUCUGUUUCGGAUCAUCGGGCCGCCCAGAUCCGUAUGAUCGAAGAGGCGCUCCGAUUCUCCGGAAUUUCGGAGGACCCAAAGAAAAGGCCUGAAAGCGUAGUUGAUGUUGGGUGUGGGAUUGGAGGAAGCUCCAGGUACCUAGCUAGAAAAUUUGAGGCCAAAUGCCAAGGUAUCACCCUUAGUCCUGUCCAGGCCCAAAGAGCUAAUUCUCUUGCUGCUGCUCAAGGACUAGCCGACAAGGUUUCCUUUCAAGUUGCGGAUGCUUUGGAUCAACCCUUUCCUGAUGGGCAAUUUGACCUCGUGUGGUCCAUGGAGAGUGGUGAACACAUGCCUGAUAAAGCAAAGUUUGUUAAUGAGUUGGCUCGAGUUGCAGCCCCUGGAGGAACGAUAAUAAUAGUAACAUGGUGCCAUAGGGAUCUCGCUCCUUCUGAGGAGUCCUUGCAGCCAUGGGAGAAAGAGCUUCUGAACAAGAUAUGUAAAGCUUAUUAUCUUCCAGCAUGGUGUUCUACUGCUGAUUAUGUGAAACUACUGCAGUCACUUUCUCUCCAGGAUAUCAAGGCAGCAGAUUGGUCUCAAAAUGUUGCCCCAUUUUGGCCGGCAGUGAUACGGUCUGCAUUGACAUGGAAGGGCCUAACAUCAAUGUUGCGAAGUGGACUAAAAACCAUAAAAGGAGCGUUGGCAAUGCCUUUGAUGAUCGAAGGAUAUAAGAAGGAUCUAAUUAAAUUUGCCAUUAUUACAUGUCGAAAGCUGGAAUAGUCACAAGAGGUGGCGAUAUGCAGGAGGAUGAAUAAGGUUUGCACUGAUGAUGCAACCGAGUCUUUGUUUGUAGUUAUGAAGGUGUUUUCUGUUUGUCAUUUUCUUCGUACUGAUAUUUGUGUGGCGCAUAUUAUACUAACUAGUAACUGCAUUGGUUGCAGUCUUUGAAAUAAUUUCUGACUCAAGCUUGGGAAAUGCAUAAGAAGUUCCACCUGUA